AAUUUGUGUCCGAGUUCAAACAAGCGAAAACGGCGUUUGGUAACACCGGGAUAAAAGCGGUAUAGGUUGUUGUUGCUAGUACCGGAGGUGCUGACAGGAGAAGACGCAUUCAUUUCUGUACGCCUUGCUGAGCUCUCCAGGUGGCAGCAGCUGAGCGGCCUGUCCCUUCUGCCCCUCCUUGGUCCUUUGUCGAAGGGCAUUUGACGCCACGCCCCCCCCCCUUCUACCACCAUGUCACACGGCAGAGACGCCUACCGCUCGCAGCCACGCGAUUUCAACACGCUCAUUCAGAUAUGCAGCUCCAACAUCCAGAAGAUCACGCAGAACACUGGCCAGAUCAAAGCCAUGGUCAACCAGCUGGGCACGAGACAGGACACCAGUGAACUGCAGGACAAACUACAGCAGCUGCAGCACUAUACGAACCAGCUGGCCAAGGAGACCAACAGACACCUGAAAGACCUAGGCUCACUGCCGCUGCCCCUGUCGCCCUCGGAGCAGCGGCAGCAGAAGAUCCAGAAGGAGCGGCUGAUGAACGAUUUCUCCGCGGCUCUCAACAACUUCCAGGCCGUCCAGCGGCGCGCCGCGGAGAAGGAGAAGGAGUCCGUGGCCCGGGCCAGGGCCGGCUCGCGCCUCUCGGCUGAAGAUAGCAACCGAGACGAACAGCUUGUGUCAUUUGACACCAAUGAUGAAUGGGGCCAGACGCAAGACCAGACUGAGGAGGCUGCCAUCACCGAGGAGGACCUGGAGCUCAUCAAGGAGAGAGAAACCAACAUCCGACAGCUGGAGUCGGACAUCAUGGAUGUGAACCAGAUUUUCAAAGACCUCGCUGUAAUGAUACAUGACCAGGGUGAAAUGAUAGACAGCAUUGAGGCGAAUGUGGAGAGUGCUGAGGUCCUUGUCGAGCGGGGUACUGAUCAGCUACACCAGGCAUCGCAUUACCAGAAAAAGUCCCGUAAGAAGAUGUGUAUCCUGGCGCUGAUUCUCUCUUUAGUUGUGGUAAUUCUGGGUAUUAUCAUCUGGCAAGCUUCCAAAUGAUGACUUUUUUUUCCUCAUUGUCUUUGAACCUGGAUUUCUAAAGCGGGAGGGGAAAUUUUAGAGGUGUACUGGUGCAGAAUGAACUGUACUGAUGCAUUUUAAAUGAGAGUGCAAAAAAAAAGGCACACUUCCAUUGGAUUAAAAAAGUUUAGAAGUCUACAUGAAGACAAGGUAGUAUUUUUUCAGAAGUAUGUCAACUGUAUUUAUAACAUAAUUAAGAAAACAAAGACUGUAAUUAUACAAUGUUUUUCUCCUGUAUUUUGAUUCUUCGAUUCUAGAAUAUUUACUGCACUAACACUAAAUUGUACUUUAUUGUAUUUUGAAAUCAAACUAUGUAUGUGUAUGAGUUCAUGCAAGGCUGCAUCUGUUCACUUUUAAUUAUACUGCCACAAUGUUUUUUUUUCAAUGUAUAUGUACAUAUUUAACUCGCAGUGAGCACAGCACAGCACAGUACAUUGGGUGAUUGUCUUUAGUGUCCCCUGAAUUCAGAGAGAAAACAAGCGCAAAUAUUUAUCCUGUGGUUUACUAAAAAUAUAGAAAACUGUAAUUAACAAAAAUAAUGAAUCCCAUUCAUUCGCUUGAAAGCAAUAAUAUUUCUUUAAAGUAUUAUAACUUCUGGGAGUUGUGCAUCUUUUGAUUCAGUUGUGCUUGCUUCAUUAAGUUUGUGACUUUUUUUGUAACAUACUUCACCAAACAAAAGAAAUACUGCGAAUAAGACUUUGUGGGUCUUACAGUUGUUAGUGAAUUGAACAAACACAUCCAUUCAGAUUGAGACUGUUUCAGUGACGAUGCCUACUUGUCAUCUCUUUGCUGUACAAUUAUCAUGCUGCCUUUUUUAUGAUUACAAAAUGUAAGUAAAAUAACAUUAAUGUCUCAAGCAGGCUUCUCUUUUAUCUUACUUAGCUUAACUUAGCUUUUAAACACUCUCUCUAAGGAGCACCUGAAGAGCAAGUGUCACUCUGACUUGUGUUCUGAAUAAAAGGUCAUGUCCACAUUCAA